AUGGAAAUAUCAAAAAAUCGAUACUUAAACUCAAAGCCGUCGGAUAAACGCUCUCAACAGCGGUCAAAAUCCUCUCAAUUAACGGCUCCGCCAACAAUUUUGCAAAAGGGUGUUUCCUAUUGGUCUAAGGUACUCGCUGUUACGACCUGGAGCCUUUUUGAAAGCAACCCUUCCAAUCCGUUUGUCAAUCCUGUGAGCCGUUUUUUAAGAAGUUUAUCCCAUCCUUUUGUAAGACCAAAGUUAACUCCAGCCAAUUUUGGCAACUGGAUUACGUCGCAAAUCCAUCAUGAGCCUUCCGUGCCAGCUCCAUUACCGGAAAGUCUUUUGCGUGAAAUUCCCGACAGCAAUGAUACCCCAUAUAGUUUGCUAGAUGGAUAUGAAGUAUCAGAAACGAAAUCGGAUAACCUAUCAUUGAAAGCAAAAAACAGUGGAUCAUCUGCUGGUGCUUUAAAACAGGAAUCGCAAAAUUCAAAUAUCAGCCAAGCGUCGAGUAAUGACGCUUCUCCUGCUUCCCAACAUCGAUUCCUCGUCAAUUAUUGCAGAAAGCUUCAUGUCCGUAGAAAUGUGCACACAAGUGAACUAGUGCAAAUUGAUGCCGAGCUAUCUAAACUGCAUUUACGACGUCGACAAGUCCUCAACAAGCUGAAUCAUACGGAAGAUAAAUGUUUAGAAUAUGACUCCCAAUUGACUUCCUUAGAAAAGCAGGUCUUAGAAGUCGACUCCAAGGAAUUGAUCGAUGACUAUGUUGAAGGGAAUGUUUCCCAAGACUCUACAACAGCCACAGGUGCAUUCCAGUAUAGUUCGAACGAUUCCCAGAAAUUAACUGCUGUAAAUAAAGGAACGCCUUCUGGUGCUGCUCCUACUUCGGCUUCUAAUGAUUUAGCGUCAGAUUAUCUAAAUUUUUCUGCUGCCUCGGCUAGUGAAGAAAAUCAAAAAGAUGAACAGCCGACAACCUUAAGUCUUAUAUCAGGAACUCCAGUAAAACAAUUUCAAGCUCAUUCUUCGCCUAUAACUAGCCUAGAUUUUUCUCAUCCCUUUGGUAAUCUCGUUACCGCAUCUUUAGACAAAACCGUCAAGGUCUGGGACAUGGCCGGUGUCGUCUGUUUGGGACAACUGGAGGGACAUGAGGAUUAUGUUUCUUGUUUGGCAAUGCAGGACUCCUUUAUCGCUACUGGAUCAAUGGACUCUAGUGUACGUCUGUGGAACUUGGAGAAUGGAACAUUGCAAAAUACAAAAGAACACUCCCCUUCUAAUGAACUUAAUGGUAAUGAUGAGAAAGCCAAAAGUCAUACGAAAGAUAAUGCUACCACUAUUUUGUCUUCCCACACUGGUCCUGUUACCGCUCUCACUUUGUCUUCUGAUGAUGUUUUACUUACUGGUGCUAAUGAUAAAACGGUUCGCCAGUGGGAUAUUAUAACAGGUAGAUGCAUACAAACGCUGGACUUUGUCUGGGCUGAUACUCAAGAUCCCUCUCCAAAAUUAACCACAGUGAAUGAUCCUACUUAUUCUAUCACAAAUGAACCAUUUAUACGUGCUUUGGAUUGUUUAGAUGCUGCCGUUGCUAGUGGUACUGUAGACGGUCUUAUUCGCAUAUGGGAUUUAAGAGUUGGAUUACCUGUGAGAAGUUUUUUUGGACAUACUGCUCCAGUUAGUACGCUUCAAUUUGACUCCAACUACCUUUACUCUGGAAGCUUUGAUAACUCUGUACGUAUUUGGGAUUUACGUAGUGGAUCACCUCUGGAUAUAAUACCAAUGGAAAAGCGUGUGUCAUCUUUGAGAGUAUGCGAAGGUCGACUUGCUGUCGCCGCUGAAGAUCCAAGUAUCCGUGUUUUCGAUGUCAAUUCGCAUCGCACAUGGAUUUGUAGUGACUACCCUCAAAACAUUUUGAAUAACAGUGUUCUCGGUGAGGUCACUCCUACAUAUCUUCAAUACAGAGAUCGAUUUUUGGUUGAUGGUAAAACCGACGGAUCCGUUAGUAUAUUCUCGGCUUAA